AUGCUCGUGCACUAUAUUGGACCUAAUCACACCGCAAUCGCCGCUGACCAAGAACCGAGCGUGGCAGAUGCGUCCCGCGGUGCAUCGCCAUGUCACGGUUUUCUUCGUCCUCCCGUCCACGUAGAAAGUGAAUCCGUCUACGAUUGCCAGCUGUUUUCCGUUCUGCUUCUUCACUCUGAUGAAGACCCCGUUCUGAAUGGCGUAACGGGGCCUGGGAUGGUUGUGGACGAAAUUGGAGCGCAGCAGCUGCCUAAAUUUGGUGGUGAUGAAUCUGGCGUUGCAGGUGCCAGCUUUUGUGCAUUGCCAGACGUCCGUAGUUUUCCUACGGCCGUCGUAAUAGAACGUGUAACCCUGGGCGAGUGCGAUCAGUUUUCCAGAGUGCUUGCGAAGCCGAAGCUACAUCUUGUAAUAAAUGCCUUCGUGGAUGAUAAACGAGGGCGGGUCGUGGGUGUGAUUGAGUUGGGCCGAGACGAAGUCGCCGCUAAUCGUGAUGAUGAAUCUUGCCUUGCACUGGCCCCACCUGGUGCACCGCCAGAUAUUAGUCCUGUGUCCGCGUGCACUGCAGUAGAAGCUGUGACCACCGACAAUAGACAGCUCCUUACCAGUCUUGUUCCGAACGAAAAUAAC